UCCAGAUUUCGAGCCAGUUAGCAUCGAGCUAACAACAACAGAAAAUCCGGGAUAAGUAGCGGCGUAAUUAGACGGGAAGGGCGGACACCCGUUGUUCACCGAAGGAGACGGGAGUUAGGAGUGUUGACAUUUAGAAGUGAAGCGUCCUCCUGAUACCUCCUGUCACACACACACGCACACACACACGCAUACAGUUGCUGCAACCCUGGCCAUGUCAAGAGUCCCGAGCCCCCCUCCCCCAGCGGAAAUGUCCAGCGGGCCUGUGGCAGAGAGCUGGUGCUACACACAGAUUAAAGUAGUGAAGUUCUCCUACAUGUGGACCAUCAACAACUUCAGUUUUUGUCGUGAGGAGAUGGGCGAGGUCAUCAAGAGCUCCACCUUCUCUUCAGGAGCCAAUGACAAACUCAAAUGGUGUUUGCGAGUGAACCCCAAAGGUCUGGAUGAGGAGAGUAAAGACUACCUGUCUCUAUACCUGCUGCUGGUCAGCUGUCCCAAGGCCGAGGUACGAGCCAAGUUCAAGUUCUCCAUCCUCAACGCCAAGGGAGAGGAGACCAAAGCCAUGGAGAGCCAGAGGGCCUAUCGCUUUGUUCAGGGCAAAGACUGGGGUUUCAAGAAGUUCAUUCGUCGAGACUUCCUGUUGGACGAGGCCAACGGUCUUCUACCCGACGACAAGCUCACGCUUUUCUGUGAGGUGAGUGUGGUCCAAGACUCCGUGAACAUCUCAGGUCAGAACACCAUGAACAUGGUGAAGGUUCCAGACUGCAGGCUGGCAGAUGAGCUGGGAGGAUUGUGGGAAAAUUCGCGCUUUACAGAUUGUUCACUGUGUGUCGCCGGACAGGAAUUCCAGGCCCACAAAGCCAUCCUCGCAGCACGCUCCCCGGUGUUCAGCGCCAUGUUUGAACAUGAGAUGGAGGAGAGUAAAAAGAACCGUGUGGAGAUAAACGAUGUGGAGCCCGAAGUCUUCAAAGAAAUGAUGUGUUUCAUCUACACAGACAAGGCUCCCAACCUGGACAAGAUGGCCGACGACCUGCUAGCUGCAGCUGACAAGUACGCUCUGGAGAGGCUGAAGGUUAUGUGUGAAGACGCUCUGUGCAGCAGUCUGUCUGUGGAAAACGCUGCAGAGAUUCUCAUCCUGGCAGAUCUGCACAGCGCAGACCAGCUCAAAACCCAAGCUGUGGACUUCAUCAACUAUCAUGCAGCGGAGGUAAUGGAGACAGCUGGAUGGAAGUCGAUGGUUGGUUCUCACCCUCACCUGGUUGCUGAGGCAUAUCGCUCACUGGCCUCGGCCCAGUGCCCCUUCCUCGGCCCUCCACGCAAACGCCUCAAACAGUCCUAACACAAACACACAGCAGAUCCUCACCCACACACACACACACACACACACACACGCACACACAGUGGAUUCUUGCACAUCAGGCUGAACAAAUGCCUCAAACAGUCCCAACAUAUUCACGCAUGCACGCUCACACACACACACACACACACACACACACACACACACAUGCACGGACACUUACUCCCAGAGGUGUUACCUAUUUACUGCCCCCCCCCACUUACUGUCUGUGUCUGUUUAAGAUGGAGGAACUUCCUGUCUCCUCCUGUAGAGAGGGUAGCAACCAAACACUCCUCCCUGUGAGAGAGGAGGUGACCAUACGCUCCUCCCUUUGAGAGAGGUGACGACCAGCGUCCUCCAAGGAAAAACCAGAAUCAUAAGAAAAAAACAAAAGAACCAGUCUACGUCCUGGUGUUUGGAAACAUGGAGACUUUAGAGGAGGGUUGCUUCUGCUGUCCGGCGCUUUCUAGUGUUGCCUUCGCUGUUUACAGCAGAAACACUCAGUGGUCCAACCGACCAGCGACCACCUGCAGAAGAAAUCAUCUGUCGGCCACAAACGAGACAGCCCAGGGAAGCACAACCAAGGGCUAGUCAAACGAAGAUUGGACGAAAAACGUCUGAAAUAUUUACUCUUAAGAGAGUAAACGUUGCACUAAGGUCACAGGCCGCCCCCUCGUCCCAUGUCUACCAGCAGUGGAGCAGGAAAACCACAGGCAGGCACACGCUGAGGAAAACUUCACAGACUGAUGACCCGGACCGGGAACCAGAACCCUUUAAACCGAAUUGCGCUCAAGUGACUGAAAACAAAGAAAAUGUCCUACCAUUUUAAAUUUCAGCUGUGUCAAUUCAUUUCCAUGUGUGUGUGUUGAUUCCUGAAGACAGUGCAGGAAGCGGGCAGGACAGAGCACGUUUCUUUGAGAAUCGUGUUUUGUGGGCGGAUCGGACUUUGGAUCAGUACAGAGAAUAAAUUCUUCGGAUAUUGGACUAACCGACCCGGAGACAACAGGAAGAGGAUGAAACAUUACGUUCGUUUAAGAAAUGACUUGAGGACUGAAUCAGGCAUAACGUCGAUGUUACUUUAUUUCACCUUCUGUUUCGUUUGCUCAGAUCUACCCUCUAUCCUCGUUAUUUUUAAUAGGAAUUUGUGCAGACCGCAAUGGUUUUGGCAACAAAACAUUUUUGACAGCAAAACGAAAAAAGCAGAUGCGGAUGUUUUCUUUGACAAAUGAAAAUGAAAUGAAAAUGAACACGUUUUAAUGUUCAGAAUCGACAGAAUGUAAAAACACAAGAACCGCAUCAGAGCCCAUCCGGACUUUUCCUUUAAACCUGCUGGAAAGCCACCCAGAACCCUUUUCUGUCGAUUUUACUGGUAAACAGAAGUGACUCCUAGUCGUUGAAAAUUUUGUUCCAAGAGGAAUAAA